GGACGAAACACAAUAUUUAACUAAAAUAGUAUGCUAUUAAAUGACUCCUUAAAAUAUUAGAACAAUACGCAUUAACACAUGUUGUAAUUGUUAAUUGUAAACCUACUUAAUUUUGCGAACUACAUUUCUAAUAGAAGUGGAUACCUAGUUAAUCGGCCUUGUCAGCGAGCUACAUUAGCAUAGCAAGUUGGCUAGCUAACGUUAGUUGUGAAUUCCGGGUCCACAACGAUAUAAAAUCUUCCAUCCGCCAAGAUGUGCAGUUAUCACGGUACAAUCAGACUGUUUGUGCAGGUGCUUUGGGCCCACCUGCUCUGUGGAUGGGCGUUUGGUUCUGAGCUUACAUUUGAGCUUCCGGAUAACGCAAAACAGUGUUUCUAUGAAGAUAUUACCGUUGGUACCAAGUGUACACUUGAGUUCCAGGUUGUCACUGGUGGGCAUUACGAUGUUGACUGUCGCCUGGAGGAUGCAGAUGGUACUGUUCUUUACAAAGAAAUGAAGAAGCAGUACGACAGCUUUACAUUCACGGCUGCCAAGAAUGGAACAUACAAGUUCUGCUUCAGCAAUGAGUUUUCCACCUUCACGCACAAGACAGUCUACUUCGAUUUCCAAGUUGGAGAGGAUCCUCCACUUUUCCCCAAUGAGAACAGGGUCACUGCUUUGACCCAGAUGGAGUCUGCCUGCGUGUCCAUUCAUGAGGCCCUGAAAUCGGUCAUUGACUAUCAGACACAUUUCCGUCUGCGGGAGGGGCAGGGACGCAGCCGUGCUGAGGACCUCAACACAAGAGUGGCUUUCUGGUCCAUUGGAGAGGCCUUCAUUUUGCUGGUGGUCAGCAUCAGCCAGGUAGUUUUGCUGAGGAGCUUCUUCUCUGACAGGAAGACCACCACGACACGAGUUGGAUCCUAACGUCCCACAGCAUCUCAUCCCAGUCACCUCCUCCACUACAACAACAACAACGGUUCAUGGCAGAUUUUUGCUUUUUAGAUGCCAUUCACGGAAUUUGAAUUUUUAAUAUACGUUCAGGUUUGAAGUUACUUUUAACAAACCCAGUGGAUUUUCUAAAUGAAAUCUAGCAAAUAUUGGAAUUGUAACAACGUAUUUAUUAUGUGGGUGCAUAUUGUCAUUGUUUUUUACAACACUGUUUUCCUGAAUGUAUGAACAUACUGGUGGCCUGUCUUGCAGUUCUAAUUUGAGACCUACUUGAUACAAUUCUGCUUUAAACUAUAAUUUAAUGUAUUUGCACACAGUUCUCACUUCCUCCUUAGUAAUGGCUCAAAUCAAACUUUGUUUUGAUAUGAAUGAAAAUAACUGAUCAACCGAGUACACAAUUGGUAAGCAUGUUCUUUGUUUUUAAUUUGAGAUUCCACUCGUCAACAUAGCUUGUGGCCAGCAGAGGUUGUGUUUUGGGUGGAUGAGCUUUGACUUGGUGCAUUUUCAGGAGUUCAACCAAUCUCUUUAUUGUAACUGGUGUUUUGUUCUUGGUGUAAAUGGUAAAACAGAUACAUAUGAAGCUGGUUUAAGCACAUGAUUUAAUUUCUUUUAUGUUAGGCAUUUCUUUAAUGGUGUGGUCUUUUUCAGUGUGGUCUUUUUAAAAUGUUGGUUUGUAUACUGUUCAUGAUUAUUUCUGAACAGCCAUCACUGCUGCCACUCCAAGGAAUUGUUUCCUUAUUUGAACAGCUGAAUAAACCUUUUCUGGUAAACCCA